AUGGCUGGAGCCCCGCGCGGGCUCGAUCUCACCUUCCUCAGCGAGCAGGAAGCCCGGCAGAUUGUCCAGGUGCUGGAGCGGGACGCGGAGCUGAAAAGGGCCGAGAAGGACCGGAUCAGCAAACUUCAGAAGAAAAAGCAAGAUGUAACUGGACUACAGGGAGUGACAGGAGAAUGGUUUGAAGAAAUACAGAGAAAAAAAUUUCGGAAUGAAAUUGACGUCAACAGAAUGUUAAAACGACCACUAGCACAUUGGCUAAGAAAGACAUCAAGAACCGAUCCUAAAGAGUUUAAAAUGUCAUCUCCCCAAAAUCCACAAGCACAAAAGAAUGUCUCACCUUCCAUUCUGGGAUUCAGAACUCCUUUUGCGUCACUCUUCUCCUUCAAAAAAUCAAGGAAGCACACUUUAAAGCACCAGACUCGGCAGCAGCCACGAUAUGACAGCUUUGCUCUGGGCGCCCAUACAUCUUCCAAAGUUGAGAAAAUGGCACAGGCUGAAACAUGCAACUCAUCUUUACCAGCUGAACUACCUGGUAAUUUAUUUGAUGCAACUCAAGCACAAAUGAUGGAGGACAGUGCACCUAUAUGGAAUGAACAGCUAGAAAAAGAGUUCUUCCGUGGAAGAACACAGUUUAAAGUGGGAAUUAAAGCACUUUCCCCCAAAGAAGUCAUCCGGAUCCACAUCCCUAACCUCAUGGAUAGGAAUGAUGGGUCAUUUCUUAUACAAUAUCGGAUGUAUGGGAGUGUCAAUGAAGGGUUAAAGAUUGAGGUACUUUAUGGUAAUGAACAUGUAGCUCAGUCUCCUUAUAUUUUGAAAGGGCCUGUUUAUCAUGAGUAUUGUGAGUGUCCAGAAGAAGAUUCUCAGACCUGGCAGAAUAUUCUCUCUUGUCCAUCCCAGGAGCCUCAAGUUACUAAGGACUUCACUUCUUUUCCCACCAUCAACCUUCAGCGAAUGCUUCAUGAAGUCCCAACAAGGUUUGGGCAAACGAGAGGUGCUAUUGUUCAUUACACUGUUCUCAAUAAUCACAUCUACCGUCGUUCCUUAGGGAAGUACACAGACUUCAAAAUGUUCUCAGAUGAAAUGUUGCUCUCAUUGGCAAGAAAGGUUCGUCUCCCUGAUGUAGAGUUUUAUCUUAAUGUUGGAGAUUGGCCAAUGGAACAUCGAACAGCUAAUGAUACGCCUGGCCCUAUACCUAUCGUUUCAUGGUGUGGCUCUGUGGAUUCAAGAGACCUAGUCCUUCCAACAUAUGAUAUAACCCAUUCAACACUUGAAACCCUACGUGGUGUUACAAAUGACCUCCUUUCUAUUCAAGGAAACACAGGCCCUUUCUGGCACAACAAAACAGAGCGAGCUUUCUUUAGAGGUCGAGACAGCCGAGAAGAACGUCUUCAAUUGGUGCAGCUAUCUAAGGAGAAUCCAGAGCUACUAGAUGCUGGAAUAACAGGAUUUUUCUUCUUCCAAGACAAGGAGAAAGAGCUGGGAAAGGCUCAGCUCAUGGGAUUCUUUGACUUCUUUAAGUACAAAUAUCAAGUGAAUGUAGAUGGGACAGUAGCAGCGUACAGAUUCCCAUACCUCAUGUUGGGUGACAGUCUAGUACUGAAACAAACCUCUCAAUACUAUGAGCACUUCUACAGUGAAUUAAAACCAUGGAAACAUUAUGUUCCAAUUAAAAGAAGCCUUGAUGACUUGCUAGAAAAAAUAAAAUGGGCUAAGGUAAAUGAUGAAGAAGCUAGGAAGAUUGCUAAAGAAGGACAGUUAGUUGCAAGAGAAUUACUGCAGCCUCACAGGCUUUACUGCUAUUAUUACAAAGUGUUCCAGAAAUAUGCCAAGCACCAAGCCAGCCAACCUGAAAUAAGAGAUGGAAUGGAACUUGUACCUCAACCUGAUGACAGCACCUCCGUCUGCAAUUGCCAUAGGAAAAAGCCUUUAAGGGAAGAUCUAUAACUGUACCAAAUGAAGAAAACCACUCUGGUUUCACUAAGGAUGCAAAAAUAUACAUGGGAUUUAAGCUGUGAAAUCUAGGACAUACUUGUGCACGGGGGAACAUUCUUGGUUAAGCACUCUUAUUGUAUUUGCACACCUUUAUUCACUCUGCCUAUGAUAUACGAGUUCGUGCAAGUUCUUUUACAGGAGCAUUUCUCACACAACAGAACAGUAUUAGAUUUCUCUAUUAAGUCAUCUACUGAUUUCUAUUUUCUACUGAAAAUAACUUUUUAAAACCAGAAAUUAUUCUACCACAGUAUUAAGCUGAAUACUAUAUAUACAGCAGAUUUGUAACCGUAGACACAAAGUGAAUCAUUUUAGGUUUGCAAGUUCCAAAUCUGGUAUUACCAUCUGAUGUUUAUUUGAUGGUCCAUGUCAGAUAAAUCUUGUGAUCUCCAUUCAGAUCCUAAGACAAGUUGUCCAAAUCAAGAGUCAGAUUGGGGGUAAAAAAUGGUGGUGAUAUUCUUCCAACCUCCACAUGUGACCAAAAUGAGAUACCUUCACCCCUACUGUAGAUUGUAUAGAUAUUCAAAAUAUGAUCCUAAUAUGGUCAGGGCACUUGCCUGAAACUCAAGAGACCUGGGUUCAGUUCCCUGAUCUGCUACAGAGCCUAUGCCAGUAUAGCUACUUCAUGUAGACACAGUGUACGCCAACAGGAGGAGUUCUGCCAGCAUUGUAAUACCUCCUCUCCAAACAUUAUCAGCUAUGCUGACAGCAGCACGCUUUUGUCGGCAUAGCUGUGACAACACUGGGGGCUUUGCCAGCAUCGCCAUGUCAGUUGGGGGAGUGAUAUUUUUUCAGCAUAAUUUUGUAGUAUAGACCAUGUGUUAGUCCUGGCCUACACUUAAAAUUUAGAUUGACCUAGCUAUGUCACUCGGGU